GAGACCAGAGCAAGAAGAAACGCGAGAAACGAGAGAGGUUAGCCAUGUCCUGAGGAGCAGAGAGGACCGGAAGGAAAAGGGCAUGCCGCGGGUGUGAAAAUGGAGAGGAACAGAGGAAAAACUUCCGACCUCGGCGAAGAUGCUACCGAGUAGGAGAGGGGGGUGCGUAGCCUUUCUUCUCUCACCAUGGAAGCCCCAGAAGAAGACCUGCUCGACCUCUUAGCUGCGUUCGAUUCUCUGCCCGAGAACUCAGACGCAGAACGCGAUGGACAGCGAAGUUCUUCGGCCUCGCAAGCCACUGAACGAGGAGACACCAGUCAUGAGGAACGGUGCGCAGGAGACAGGGGUGAAGCGUCGGGAGCAGACGGGGAAGAGCGAGAACACAGGGAACAGAGAGAAGAAGGAGGUCGAGAACACCGAGAGACAGGUGCAGAGCGAAGCUCGGCUUCGCGUUCCACCUCGAGGGCGGAGCUCGUAACGUCUCGACUGCCUACAGGGCAUGCGCCUGCGAUGCUUCCGUCUGGUCCUCUUGAAGAGCGAGAAAGACCGCAAUCAGGCGCGGGAGAGACACCCGCUUCGGCCCUCUCUGACAGGACUCUGUGGAACGACGCGACGGCGUCUGCACACCCCAACGCCAGAGGAGGAGGAGACCUCGCGGAGAGGCGAGGAGAAACGCUUUUUCGCGGAGCCGCAGAGAGAGGUCAGUGGGAGACUCGGCGAACUGGGGCAACUUUAACACAGUGCUUCGACAGAGAAGGAGAGCAGAGAAAUCGGAGUGAAGGCGGAGAACGCGUGAACGAUCCUUUUGCGUUGGACGACGGUCUCGCCGAAUUCUUCGAUGCCACUCUCCCGGCGACGCGAGUCGAAAGAUGGGCAGACUUUCUGGCUCAGAGAUCAGAGAGACAGAGGGAAGCUGCAUGCGUUGCGCAGUCUCCUCUCGCUGCCCGGCAGACUCCAGGAUCGCCUUCUGUGUCGCUGGCGUCUGCUAGAAGCAAUUUUACUCUCUCUCGAGGACCUCCCAUCUCUCCGCCCCUACGAAACACUCGAGCUGCUUCUACCUCGAACCGAGUCGCUUCCGCUCUCUCGUCUUCUCUGUCGUCUCCUAUCCCUGCUUCUUCGGCCGGCUGUGCGGCGUCUGCGCCUUGCUCUUUGGAGUUCUCUCGAAGAGAAGAGGGAGACACUGGCGAGGAAGUCACUCAGAGUCGAGAGCGCAAUCGGGACAUACAACCCAGCGGAGCCGUCGCGGCGACGGCGCCUCUCCCUGGGGUGUACAGACACCCCCCAGGCGAGACAGGACUGGCCACCACCCGCUUGCGACACCGGCCUCUCUCGUUAGCAGAUUACUUUUCGCGAGGCCAGCAGCCAAGGCGGAGGUGCCUGGGCGCUUCGGCUGACGCGGAAGGCUCGACUGAAGGUCGCGAGGAAUCGACUCCAGCUUCGUCGCUGUCUUGUUCGAGAAAUCCUCUUUCUUCUUCUUCUCUCCCGUCUCUCUCUUCUUCUCUUUCCUCUUCUCUUUCUGGUUCUUCUCUUGCUUCUCCCUCGCUUUCUUCUUCUUCUCUUCCUUCUAUUUCUUCUCUCUCAUCUCCUUCUGCGGCGUCUUCGUCCUAUGGAACAGAAGGGGCGCAGGGGACAAGGGGACGGCCUGGUUCUCUGAACCAGCACAGAAUUUAUUCUCCUGUCUCUGCUUUCCCUCCCCCUAUAUCCCCUCCUUCGCCUCUUCGUCCGCCCUCUUCUUGCUCCUCUUCUUCCUCUUCUUCCUCCGCUUCUUCUUCUUCCUCUUCUCCUUCGUCCUCUGCUCCUUCCUCUUCUUCUUCCUCUUCUCCUUCUUCAUCUGCUCCUUCCUCUGCUCCUUCCUCUUCUCCGUCUUCCUCUUCUUCUUCGGCUUCCGUCUCGGCGGCUGCUUCCGAAGAAGGCUCAUCUCGGCGGCCGCCUUCGAGAGUUCCUCCACCACCUGGCGCGGGAGGCGGAGCUGCUCCUCCGAAGAAGCGACAGACUGCCUUGCGGUGGGCGCCGCUGCCUGGGCCAAGACAACUCGGAGGCGCCAGUUUCUUCUUCGGGCAGGAACAGGAGUGCCCUGUCUGUCUCGCCGAAUUCGGAGCUGUCGCGGAGCUCGCGUCUGUCGACGACUGUCGACAUGCGUUCUGUCUCGCAUGCAUAUCGAAGUGGGUGCGCCAGAGUCGCUCUUGUCCUCUCUGUCGAGGCCCGACGACGACAGUCUCUCUCUGGAAGGCGCGGGCGCAUGCAAAGCCGGACGAGCGAGAAAAAGUUGAAGGCAGCGAAGGAAAAGAAGAACCUCUCGCGCUUCGAGCGUUUGCCUACGCGCGUCGUCUGCAGCCAGACCGAAACAACGUUCUCAAACCUGUUCCUCUGGGCACCAAAAGCUCGAGAAACUCGAACCACACCCGAGGUGUAAGACGCAUGCAGCCUCGACGCGCGAAGGCCUCUCCAGUCACUCGGCCGACAGCGAGGCCUCUUCGCCCUGCUUCUUCUUCAGCCUCCGACUUGAGAGAAGAAAUACAGUUGGAUGCACAGAACAGGCAACCAGACGUCGCAGACACACAUGAAAUCGAGGUCCUGGAGAGUGUUGAAACCACGCAAGCUUAAAACCAACUCUAAUGUACCGCGUAACAAACCAUUUCAUUGUGGUCUUCAAAAGAGAGCCAUACACAUAUAUAUAUAUAUAUAUAUGUAUAUUGUACGUGUAGGUGUUCAUGUCUAUGAUAGACACAGACAGUGACGUACACAAUAUAUAUAUAUAUAUAUAUGUACGCAUAGAUAUAAGGGAGAUCUGAGCAUGCAUGUUUGGGUUUGUGUUUCAGUAUUGGUAUCAGCAUUUGCUUUUAUAUAGUUAUAUCGUGCAUAUUUUUCUUUAUCAUUUUUGCAGUUUUAAUAUACUUGCGUAGGCAGCUCUUUGGAAUCCGUGAGCGUUUUUUGUGCGUGUCUACAGUGAGUCGCGCCUGUUUUGACUUCGAAAUGUUGCAUGCAUUGGGGAUUUUGGUGGUGUCAUUUCUCGCUCCUAGUGCGAAGCCGCGACAGGCACGCACUGGAAGAAAAACGUUUUGCAUGCGACAUGCAAGAACAAUCCGAACUGCUCAAGGAAACUUCUGUCGCGCGCUGCGGUGCAAGUGCGGGAAGAUGAAAAGGCGCCGAAUCGCCGACUGUCGCUUGGUGGCUCUGAGAACCAUC